GGCGCAGUGGACUUGUGGAAGUCCCUCGACUGCAGAUAAAGUGUUGUUUUCAGUUUUAGUCAUACUGUGUUACCAUGUCAGUAUGUGUAGUUUCUUUUUGACGGUGGAGAGACAGCGUUUCCAUGAUGGCGGUCACCGCGGCACGGGCGUUUCGAUGAUGGCUAAACUGAAAACUUAACAUAGAUAGCAAACUUUGAGCGAGGAGUCUUUUCCCAGACUUUUCCCUGUUAUCACUAUAGUAACUAACACCGCCAUGGCAUGCACUGCCUCUCUUUCGCUUUGGGCAUUUGCUUUUAGUUUAUGCUUCGGCUUGUCCAAGUGCUACUUUGCUAUACCAUUAAAAAUAUACCCAGGAAAGUACAAUUUAUCCUCGGCUGUGAAUUUGACUCGGCAAGUGGCGUUAACGUCGGAUGGAAACGGCCUCUCGUUGGCCUCUGAUCCGACCGGGACAGUGAACUUUCUGGACAUGGUCAACAACCUGCAAGGGGACUCUGGAAGAGGCUACUACAUAGAAAUGUCAAUUGGUACUCCUGGUCAAAAGCUGAACAUCCUGGUGGAUACAGGCAGCAGUAACUUUGCUGUGGCGGCGGCUCCACACCCAUUCAUUACUCACUACUUCAACACUGAACUCUCCAGUACCUACCAGUCAGAUGGCCGGACUGUGGCUGUCCGGUACACCCAGGGCAACUGGGAAGGCGAACUGGGCAUUGACCGUGUGUCCAUCCCCAAAGGCCCAAAUGGGACCAUCAUCAUCAAUAUAGCUGCCAUCUUGUCAUCUGACAGCUUCUUCCUUCCUGGGGUCAACUGGCAGGGCAUCCUGGGACUGGCCUAUCCCAUGCUGGCACGGCCUGAUAAGUCUGUGGAGCCCUUCUUCAACUCUUUGGUGCAACAGCUGGGAAUUCCUGACAUCUUUUCCCUCCAGAUGUGCGGUGCUGGACUGUCAGCCAGUAGCACAGUGGACCCAGUGGGAGGCAGUCUUAUCAUGGGAGGGGCCGAACCAACUCUGUAUCGGGGGUCAGUGUGGUACACCCCUAUAGUAGAGGAGUGGUACUACCAAGUGGAGGUUUUGAAGCUGGAGGUUGGCGACCAGAAUCUGGACCUGGACUGCAGAGAGUAUAACAUGGAUAAAGCUAUAGUUGACAGUGGGACGACACUGCUGCGUCUUCCUGUCAACGUCUUCAAUGCGGUGGUAGAAGCCAUCACACGCAGCUCUCUGAUCCAGGAUUUUUCUUCAGGGUUCUGGGAUGGCACCAAGGUUGCAUGCUGGAUGAAGGGAGAGACCCCCUGGAGGUUUUUCCCCAAGCUGUCCAUCUACCUAAGGGCCACAAACACCAGCCAGUCCUUCCGCAUCACCAUCCUGCCUCAGAUGUACAUCCAGCCAAUCACAGACGUGGACGGCACAUUAGACUGCUUCCGUUUCGGAGUGUCUUCGUCAGCUAAUGGCCUGGUGAUCGGCGCUACCGUUAUGGAAGGCUUCUACGUGGUGUUCGACCGCGCCCAGCGGAGACUGGGCUUCGCACUCAGCAGCUGUGCAGUGAGCGGUGGGGUGGCUCUUUCGGAGAUCGCGGGGCCCUUCUCAGCAGCGGACGUGGCGGCCAACUGCUCUGGCGGGAUGCUGAAGGAGCCUCUCCUGUGGGUGAUCUCCUACGCCCUGAUGGCAGUCUGCGCCCUGGUCCUCAUCAUCCUGUUGCUCUUGCUGGUGCUGCCCUGUCGACGCAGAGACCGCUCCGGGGAGAUAACGGACGAGUCCUCUCUGGUCCGCCACCGCAUCAAGUGACUGAGAGGAAGUGGACAGGCGGACAGGGUGAACAGGCAGGGGAACGGCGAGCAGAGCCCAUCCACAGCGGUGGAGAAAGGGGUGAGGCUCGGCCCGCACCGAACAAUAACCCUCGGCUCUGAAUGUCUGAAUGACUCCAGACUGCACUCAUUAGGUUGCCCCAUGGACACGGACAGAUCAGCUGCUUCUUGAAGGGAAAAUUCACCCUAAAAGCACUUCUGUUGGUGGUGUAUUUAUAGUUCCAAUGUCUCGUUUGGUCGUGUAUUUUUUUUUAUUCACACUGAUAAUUGGUCAUGUCAUAUGUAGGCACUGACACAGAGAAACACAUCCAGCAAAGAAGAAGAAGAAGAACGGGUCCAAUUUCCCAACUGACAGUUGCUUUAAAAUUUCAUAAUGUCAUGUAGCUACAGGGAGGUUUUUUAGAAAUGGGUAUGACUUACCUUCUCAACUGGGAAGACUUGUAAUGCUAUCAGUUUUGCAUACGUAUUACACUGACUCAGUUCGAGAGAGCGCUCAAAUCAGGUUCAGGCUUGUUCUUUUUAGGGCCGUCAAAAUGUAUUCUGGGAAAUACAGGAUAUCACUAACACAAAUAGAAGGGUGAACUGAAGUAUGAAACAUUUUAUCACAAAGUAACUCCCUACACACACCAGCAGUGAUGCAUAACGGUAUGGAAAUGGUUAAGGGUGGAAUUUCUUCCUUACAGACAAUCACAGGACAGUGGGUGGGGACAUAAAUGGCACAAGCUCAACAACCAUUGGUGUAUUCAUGAACGACUUGCAAGUUACUGAUUUUAUUUCCAGGCAAACUGUUGUUUAAUUGUAAAUUUCUAAGGGCAUGCAACCUCCUAAAAUGUGCCUUUACAGUUAAUAAUCUGCUCCCCACAGAUCUUUUUAAAGAUCUACUUUAACUCUGCGAUCAAUGAAGGAAUGUUUCUGGAGUUAAUAAGUUAAGCUCCAGUCUUCUAUGGAGUGAGGUGUGUGUGUGUGUGUGUUAGUGUGUGUUAGUGUGUGUGUUAGUGUGUGUUAGUGUGUGUUAGUGUGUUAGUGUGUGUGUUAGUGUGUGUGUGUGUGUGUGUGUGUGUGUGUGUGUGUGUGUGUGUGUGUUAGUGUGUGUGUGUGUGUGUGUGUGUGUGUGUUAAAGUAAGAGGAAAAGCUGCUCAAUCACUGUUCAUAGGAAAAAUAUUAAUAGAGGUUACACACGUUUACAGUGCCUGUAGUGCCUUUAAGUCUCAGCUCACUGCUGAUACAAAUGGAUAUACUGUAUUAGUAUAUUAGUAUACAGUAUAAUUUACAGUGUUGAGACUUACUGUACUGACUUGCACUUGUUUCAGUCAGUCUAAAGUGUAAUAUAAAUCUAAAGAUCAAUAUUUCUCGAUCUGUUAUGCAAUUUAUUGUAUUAAUGUAAUUUUACUAAUUCUGUAUGCAUCCAACUUUAUAUUUAAAUCUUUUUGAAUGUACUAUUAGUCCAAAUCUUUGCUUUUUAGACACUAGAUGUUGAAUGGAACAUAUGUAUACUGUACAUUUUAUACAAACAGUAAAGUAGAGGCCAAAGGAUUUUUGAAACUGACCCACUGGAUACACAUGCUCCCUCUGGGGUGCCUGUGGACUGCAGCGAAACUCACCGACCUGUUAGCAAUAAACAGUUGUUCUUUUCACACUAGUGAUGGCUUCAUAUGUAAAAGUCUUGAGUGAUAUGAGUCAUUAAGCUGCACCAAUACGUCACCAUCUGCCAAAAUGUUUGUAAAAUUGUCAAAUUAAAUGUUCACUUAUUUAUAAGUGUAUUUUUUCCGUGCCAAAAUUGUACUUGUUGUGUAAACAAAAUAACUUGUCAAAUCAAAGAUGUAAAUCAUUUUAAAUGAAUAAAUAUUUCUUUUUGUGAACGGUUA